AUGACAGACCCCUUCCCAAAUAGCCUGGUCUCCCCGGCCGACUUCCACGCCGCCGUGAACUCACCCACCUCGACCCGGCGGAUCAUCCCUGUAGCCGCCGGCCGGCGCGCAGUACACACCCCCGCCUAUCAUGCCCAGCAUAUCCCCAACUCCAUCUUCUUCGACAUGGAUCUCAUCAGAGAUAUCACCUCGCCAUAUCCACAGAUGCUCCCCACGGCUUCACACUUCGCGUCCUGCGUAGCUGCCCUAGGCAUCAAGAAGGACGAUGUGCUGGUCAUCUACGACGCCGUAGACGUGGGCAUCUACAGCUCGCCGCGCGUCGCGUGGAUGUUCCGUUUCUUCGGCCACGAGGCCGUGCAUGUCCUGAAUAAUUUCCGCGUGUAUGUGCAGCAGGGAUACCCCGUUGCCAGCGGGGAGAUGCGUCAUCUCCCGUCUGUGGACGAGUAUCCUGUUACCCCGGUCAAUAGCGACCGGGUGAUUUCAUUUGAGGAGUUGAGGGAGCUGGUUUUGGCUCGUGGGGAGGGGUUCCAGAUUGUGGAUUCGCGGAUAGCGGGGCGGUUUCGCGGGGAGGAGGACGAGGCGGUGGCUGGGUUGAGCUCGGGGCAUAUGCCGCGGGCGGUUAAUGUGCCGUUGGCGGCGAUGCUGGAGAAAGAGUCGAGUAGAUUUUUGCCGGUGGAGAAGCUGAAAGAGGUGUUUGAGAGGGCGGGGGUUGAUGGGCGGGCGCCGUUGGUGUUGACGUGCAAUUCGGGGGUGACGGCUGCGGCGCUGGAUUUGGCGCUCGGCGAGACGGGUUUUAGGAAUCCAAGGCGGAUCUACGAUGGGAGUUGGAUGGAGUGGGCGCGCAGGGUGGAUCGGCCGGAGUUGAUUGUUAAGGAUGUGCAUUGA